UUCUUUACUAGUUUCAACAGAUCUCUCACAAGCCCAUCAUUCUUACCUCAACCUUCAUCCAAAGUCCUUCCAUGGCAAUGGCAACCCAAGCCUCCCUCUUCAGCCCACCCCUCUCUGGCCGUGUCUCCGCCCCAUGGAAACAAUCACCCACCUUGUCCUUCACCAACACCAAACCCCUGAAGUUCACAACAUCCCCAAGAACAACAACAACAACAAUCAGAGCAGCUGAUGAGAAAACAGAGGCACCAGUAGCAACAAAGGAAGCAGCACCCGUUGGGUUCACCCCACCAGAACUUGACCCAAACACACCCUCCCCAAUCUUCGGAGGCAGCACUGGUGGCUUGUUGCGCAAGGCCCAGGUCGAGGAAUUCUAUGUUAUCACAUGGGAAUCCCCGAAGGAACAGAUCUUUGAGAUGCCCACUGGCGGCGCCGCCAUCAUGAGGGAGGGUCCCAACCUGCUGAAAUUGGCGAGGAAAGAGCAGUGUUUGGCUCUUGGGACUAGGUUGAGGUCCAAGUACAAGAUCAAGUACCAAUUCUACAGGGUGUUUCCUAAUGGGGAGGUUCAGUAUUUGCACCCUAAGGAUGGUGUGUACCCUGAGAAGGUGAACCCUGGUCGCCAAGGGGUUGGACAGAACUUCAGGUCUAUUGGUAAGAAUGUGAGUCCUAUUGAGGUUAAGUUCACUGGGAAACAACCCUAUGAUGUAUGAGAUUCAGAAAAUGGUUUAUUCAGUGAUGUUCUGAUGUACUUAUGAUCAAAUUUAUGUGAUAAAUGUCAAACUCUUGUACCUUUAAUUUUACUGUUUUUUAUGAUUAUUGUGUUGAUA